AUGCGAGUUAGCGUCGAUCUGUGUAUGCACCAAAGACGUCAAAUAUUACGGAAAUUGUGGGAGGGGCGUCGUCAAAAGAACGCCGUGUCAUCUAUACAGUCGAUUUGCUAAAAGAAAAAGCGAGGGGAUACUUGGAAGUAAACGACACAGCUCAGGCUUGUGAGAAGACAUUCCAGGUAUGUAUUUUUUAAAUUUUGUUUUCAAUGUAAUUCAAUGCCUUGAAAGUUAAUAGCAUUUUUGCUUAGACUUCUAAUCUUUAUUUAAAAAAAUUUUUAGGGGUGCAAACUUGCACUGAUGGGAUAUGUCAAGAAGCUCGAGACGACUACUGAUGUUAAGAUUGUGCCCGAACACCUUGCCAAUCCAUGGAACUACAGAGCGUUCAAGAAACUCUGCGACAUCUUGAUAAAGAGAACUGAUCCCGGUUUGGCUGAUGAGCUGAAUAAUGGUUGGACCCAUGCAUAUAGGUAAGAUAUAUAUAUAAUUACUGUUUUUAUGUUAUUUUUUUAAUUGUUUUUUUAGGUUCCAUAUCGAAGGGUGGACUCAAAACAAUUUGACGGUUGAAGGAGUAAAAUUAUCAAUGCCUUAUGUUAUCAGGUAAAUAAGAAGUUAUUUAUUUGGAUUAUUAUUUUUUUAGAUUUAUGGAUAUUGUCGAGAAAGAACUGACCAUUGAUCUAGAAAUGGCAAUGCAUCUAAAAGAGCAUCUUUUUAAAUUGGAUCUCAAUGAGCUAGCAAGUGCAAUAAAUAAGGUUAUUAUUAUAGCAAUAUAAUAGUUUAUAAUUUAUAUAUUUAUAGCAAGCUAAAUCAGGAGAAGUGGGCUUACUUUUACAAAUUUUAAACAUGGAGAAGCAUUCAGUAAGUUUUAUUCUUUUUAUUCAUUUUAAUCAACUAAUAUUUAGCGUGUGAAAUUGUAUGAUAUCUACAAGACGACUUAUGGUGAAGAUUUAUUUGAUGUUUUGACCAAAAACAAGAAAGGAUUCGAACAAAAUUUUUCUCUGUGAAAAGUUUAUUACUUUGUAUUUAUGAAUAAAUUUGAUCCAAAAUCAUCUAAUUGAAUUUAAAUUAACUAUUCCUACUUCUCUUGAUAUUAUCUUGUCUGGUAAAGUGUCUCGCAUGAAGAUACCUCUAAAAUUCUUGAUUUCCAAUACUUCGACUAAAGCAAGGAGAUCUAGAUUUGUUAGCGCAGGCAGAUCUUUCUCUAGCUUCACCAUUUAUUUAGCAUUUUUUUAUUCACCGUUCUAGCGCACCUUUUCUCGACCAUUUCGACCAUCCAUUUCGACCACAUUUUCAUGGUAGCGCAUUUCGACCUUUUUACCAUUUUUGAAAAUUGUUUAAAAUGAUACAUUUUCAAAGAGUUAAGACAGAAAAUCGAUGAAAAUAAGCCUUAAAAUGGCUAAAAAAUGAGAAAAUUGAGGAUGGGCGAAAAGGUGCGCUAGAACGGCAAAAUACAUAUUAAUUGCCGGGCUCUGAAAUGAUAAAUCCAGAUGAGACAUUUGAAGAAGGGGCGGCUUCCCCAACAGAAGCUCAACCAGGAGAACUGUCUGAGAUUCUAGGUUGAACCAUUUCAUAGACACAUUUUAUGGUUUGUUUCAGAAAUAAGCGCAAAAGAUCAAGUCGAAAUAGAAGAAGCCUUGAUCGAUCUGCUCCACAUUUUCAUUAUUUUGGCCCCGGCAGUCAACGAAAGGCAGAUUUUCCGUUGGUGGCGCGUCAUUUCAGAAGCAAUACAGGUUUUUUUUUGGCAAGUUAGGAUUUUCCAAUACGUUUCAAACUUCUCAAUUCUGCAAUUUUUCAAUUACUCAUAUAAGAAUUAAUAUCAGGAAAAAUUUUAAUCAACAUUAUCGUUCACAAAAAAAUAAUUUGAAUGUGAAUCUGGUUUCAGUGCUCUCUACGUGACUGCCGAGCAGCGCUUGCUUCAAGAAAAUCGGCCCAAACGGUCGUCAAGUUGCCCGGAGUUAUCCGUCGAAGGCGCGAGGCCAAGCCUUGCCCUUGUCGCGAUUUCGAGGUAGUCUUUUUUUCCUCUCAUUUUUAAUUUCCAUGAGGCACAGAAUCAAAACGUUUUUGCAGAGACACCUGGCUGCGCUGUGA